GCUAAAAAGUGCAAUAUAAACGGAAAUUCUCUAAACGUCUUGUGGUUAGGUUAAGUACUGCGUCUAAAAUUUAAAAUUAAAAGAAUUUAAAUAGACACAAAGAGUUAUCUUUAAAAUACGUUUUGCAAUAAAAGUGAAUAAAUUGAAAGAAUUUAAUAGUAAAAUUCAAAAAUACUAUUGUUAGAAAUUCUGAUAAUAGUGGUCUCAUGAUGGUAAAGACCAUUUGAUCUUCAAGUGAGUGGAAGUUAAUUUUGGACUCUGCAUCAGGAGAAGCUUUCAUAAUGUUUCCCAAACAGACUUUUGGCAGUAAUGCCACUUCAGGUUUUGGUUCCUUCAAUUCUGGCGCGACAACUUCGUCCCCUUUUGGCGGAUUCAAACCUGCCACAGGAUCUUUUGGUGCGAGCACGUCAACGCAGCCCGCCACUGGUGGAGGUCUCUUCGCGAACAAUACCUCUGGUGGUGGUCUUUUCGGGAAUCCCGGUCCCUCGACAUCGACUUCCGCCUUCGGGACGAGCACCACUGGUUUCGGCUUCGGCGGAGGUGCUACGUCCGGUGGACUAUUCGGGAAUACCUCGACCGCUGGAGGGGGUUUGUUCGGGAACACGCAGGCGACACCCUCGUUUGGAGUGAAACCGACAGGUUUCGGCUUCAGCGGCUCGACCACGACCGGAGCGACCACCGGGAACCUGUUCGGCACGCCGGCGACCGGACCCGGCGCCGGACUGUUCGCGCCCCAGGGCAACACCAUGUCCGGCGGGGGACUGUUCGGGGGGAACACCAGCGCUGGUGCUUUCGGUCAGCAGCAACCCACAGGGACCGGCCAUGUCAAGUUCAACCCAGUGGUCGGGACGGAGGUGGUGAUGAAAAAUGGCACAUCACAGAACAUUAACAUCAAACAUCACUGCAUAACUUUCAUGAAGGAAUAUGAAGGCAAAAGCUUGGAGGAGCUACGUUUGGAAGAUUACAUGGCAGGGCGGAAGGGCUCGACAGCCACCACGGGGAUGUUCGGAGGCUUCCAGCAGACGACAGAGAACAAACCCUUGUUCGGCAGCACCGGUUUCGGUCAGCCAGCCACCACGAGCGCCCCCGGCAUGUUCGGGACAGGAUCGGGCCUGGGGACGUCCGGGGCAUUCGGACAGAACAGUACAUUCUCGUUUGGCGGCAACACGAAUACGACGACCACGGGCCUCUUCGGCGCAAACAAGCCGCCGGCUUUCGGUACCAGCACUGCGGGAUCCACUCUUUUCAAUACAACGACGACACAAGCGCCGGCGUUCGGCGCCAGUACUAACACAUUCGGGUUUGGCGCCAACACGCAGAAUCAGUCGACUGGUAUAUUCGGGGCGAAGCCGGCAACCGGAGCGUUCGGUACGACGCCGGCCAGCUCGGGCUUCGGUUCGUUCUCGGGGGGCGGAGCACCCUUCGCUGCCAAGACGACGGCUCCGGCGUUCGGUACCACCACAUCCGCAUUCGGCAGCAUGGCGCCUACGUUCGGCAGCGGCACGCAGGGCGGGGGCCUGUUCGGGCAGGGCACGGCCUUCGGGAAGCCGGCCACCACGCAGCCCAGCUUCAGCUUCGCCGCCUCGCAGCCCGCCGCGCCGGGGCUGGGGGCCGGGGCGGGGGGCGUGUUCCAGGGCAAGCCCGCGGCGCCGAGCUUCGGCACGCUCGGGCUCGGCACGUUCCAGCAGCAGCCCGCCAACACGUUCAAGACGGGGCCGGUUGCAGACGGCGUGCUGGGCGGCGGAAUGUUCGGGAACAACAACGCGCUGGGCUCCGGCUUCGGUUUGGGCUCGAUGAACGCGAACAACAGUCUGCUGGCGAACAACAGCUUAUCCGGCGCGUCUGCUGGCGGCAACGUGCACGAGCAGAUCCUGACGAUGGCGGCCCGCCCGUACGGGGACUCGCCCCUCUUCAAGGACCUGCUGCCCGAUUCGACAACGGCAGCCGAAGACAUACUGAAGCCGACGAACCCGCUGGCGCUGAAGGCGGUCCUGGACGGCUCCCAUUCCGCCUACAGGAUCAACUCGCCCACCUCACGGGUGCAACCCAGGCAGCUGCCGAUACAUAAGAAGUCGCUCUUCGACGGCCUAGAAGAAUCGGAUUCGAGCUUAGAAGACAAGCUGUGCUUGAAGCCGAGCCGCAAGCGUCUGGUGCUGCGCGCCCGCCCCGCCGACGGACAGGACGAGGGACGUACCAACAGAUCAUUCGAGCAACCCUCCAGUGGGCCGGGCCGCACGCAGGACUCCGUCGACCAAGUGGACAGGUCCGCCAACGUUAACCGUAACAAGUCCACGGCCGACACAGAGGAGAAUGGCGAUUUACAUCCAGACAAGCACAGCAGGUGGAUCAACUCGCCAAAGAUCAGCGAUCUGUGGACGGAGCGGGAUCACAAGCCCGACGCGCAGCGGACCAACAGGAUGUACCCCGACAUUGAAAAAGAAGUAUCCGAACAUAUAUCCGAGAGACGCGCCAGCUGGCUGAGCACGAAACCGCUGCGUGCGGGGGCGGCGCGCGGGGCCGUGGGGUGCGCGGAGAGCUCAGUGCGGGAGCUGGGGGGACGGAGCGCCUCGCCGGAGCGGGACCGGCUCGACUCGCUAUCCGUAUCUGAAGAUGAGAAUGUGGAGCCGCGCGACGCCCCGCCCCACCCGACCGGGGUCAAGCUGACGAGGCCGGGCUACUAUACCAUCCCCUCCUUGGACGACAUGAUAAACUACAUGCGGCCGGACGGCACGUGUCCAGUUCCGCACCUGACGAUCGGACGUAAGAACUACGGGAACGUGUACUACGACUCGGAGAUCGACGUGGCCGGCCUCGACCUGGACGCCCUGGUCCACUUCCUGAACAAGGAGGUGAUAGUCUACCCGGAGGACAGCGACAAGCCGCCGGUGGGAGUCGGCCUGAACCGGCGGGCCAUCGUGACUCUGGACCGGGUGUGGCCCCGGGACAAGACCGAGAAGCGACUCAUCACCGAGCCCGACAGAUUACUAAAACUGGAUUAUGAAGGGAAGCUGCGCAGGGUUUGCGAGAAGCACGACACCAAGUUUAUCGAGUAUCGACCUCAAACGGGCAGCUGGGUGUUCAGGGUGGAGCAUUUCAGUAAAUACGGUCUCACUGAUUCCGACGAGGAGGACGACCCCACUCCGGACGUCCUGAAGCGGCAACUCCUCACCGAGUCGCUACAGAAGGCCAGCGCACCAGGUCCCAAGUCCCCUGUGAGUGUGUCGGAGGCGGGGGCUGCGGUCCCGGGGCUCGUGGGGCCGGGACAUCCCGGGCUGGGGGGUUCCGGCCCGCCAGGCCUGCUCAGCGAGGACAGCCUCUAUAAUCUCCACCACACUUCCUUACUGACCCUGAACGGCACCAGCAAAGCUUUCGAUGUUAUGGACACCGCUGAAGACAACGCGGAGUCACAAAGCCUGUUUCUAGAAAACAGAGCGUUCGGCGUGAAGAGUCCCACCUCGGAGCUGGCGCGCCUGGAGAAUAGACGCAGCCACAGCGUACAGCUGAUGAAGGCCUCGCUGUACCCUGAUGAAGAAAUGGACGAUGACGUGUCAGUGUCGACGGGAGAACAGCUGGUGCCGAACUCGGCUCCGAUAUUUAACGAUCAACGGUUACCGUCGCCUUCGCUGGGGACCGUCGUGGGGGCCCCGCCCGCGCCGCCGGAGCGCGCGCCCGAACCACCAAUGCGACCGCUCACUGUCCAACCCCAUACGAUAGUAUUGAAAUACCACAGAAAGGUUCCACCAUUCAAAGACACCAUUGCGGGUCGGCUGGACGGCGCCUGUCUGGCCGACAUGUCGGUGAGCCGCGCGCGCCACAGCCGCGUCGGCUUCGGGCCCGCCUCCACCGUCGCCCUCCUCACCACGUACGACGCCUUCAGCGACCUGCCCAGAUCGUCUGAGCUCUCGUCGUUAGACCGGUACUUGAGCGGCAGGGCCAGCGGCGACUGGUCGGAGCGUCUGGUGGCGCGUCUGGCGCUAGCCGCCGACCGGCCGCAACACCCGCUGCAGGAGAUCUUGGAGCCGCACAUCUCGACGCUGCUGGAGUGGUCCACGCUGUCGGAGUGCGGAGAGGACGAGUGCCCGCGCCUCUCCCUCCGCCCCGAGCCGGAGGCGCGCCUGGCUGUGCUCAGGGACAACCUGAGACACUCCUCCAAGCACGACUACGUAGUGAAGUUCGGCGUGUCUGCCGCGUACUGCCGCGAGGUGUGGAAGCUGUGCGAUGCGCUGUGGGGAGCCGAUCUGGAGAACGGUGGCAUCCCUGGCACGGACGAGCAGUCGAUAGUGAACAGACACAAGAAGCUGCUGCGUUGGUUCGAGGACGCCGUGGCGGGGGUCACGGACGCGGAGCUGGCCGAGCCCCGGGGGGCAGAGCUGGAGGAUGAGUCCGACACGCACAGCGCUCGAAUCUGGACGUUGCUGCUGGGCGGCAGGACGCUUGAGGCCUGCAAGCUGGCCAGGGAGAGCGGGGAUCUCAACAUGGCCAUGCUCCUCGCUCAGGCCGGCGGUGACGUGGCGUACCGCGGGCUGGUGGCGCGGCAGCUGGCGCAGUGGAGCGCGUGCGGCGCCGACACGCACGUGGCGGGCGCGCGCCUGCACGCGCUGCGGGCGCUGGGCGGCGCCGCCCCCCCCGCGCUGGCGGGCGCCGGCUGGCUGCGCGCGCUGCACGCCACGGCCAGAUACAUUUGCCCGCAAAUUCCCUCGCUCGAGAAAAUUAUAAGAACGUACGAGGGAUUCUUCAGUAAGGACGAGCAAGUCGAUUUGACCUCAUUAGGCGAUGACGUCGACAUGAGACCGCCCCUGCCGGAUUACAAUGAAGAUUACUGCUACAUCACGAGUAAGAAUGGAAAUACGAAAGCGGUGUUGGACUUACGCUACGAGCUUAUUAGAGCAAGAGCUUUCAAUCAACGUCCGAAACUUAAGCCCGCAGCUUACACUCCGGAUCCGAACGAUUUUACACUGUGCUUCCUCCUGGGCGCGUGGUUCGGCAGUCCGGCGGUGGAGAGCGUGGUGUCGGUGGCGGAGCAGCUGGAGGCGGGUGGCGCGUGGCAGCUGGCCACCGCCGUGCUGGCGUACCAUCCGCACGGAGCCGCCCGAUCCUCGCUGGUGAGGAGCAUGAUCUCGCGGCACGCGCCGUCCUCGGGCUCCGCCCCCGGCCUCCAGCUGCUGGAGCGGAUCGGGGUGCCCGAGAAAUGGAUCCACCUGGCUCGCGCGCACAGGGCCAAGUACGAGCACCAGCCGGCGCUGGAGGUGGAGCACCUAUUGGCGGCGCGGCAGUGGAGCGCCGCGCACCGCGUGCUGCUGGACGAGCUGCUCCCCGACGCCGUGCUCAACGACGAUCUGCAAACUGUAUCCCGGCUGCUGAAGACGCUGGAGCAGGCGGCCGAGCGACACGAGGUGGCCGACUGGGAGAGCGGCGGGCUCGCGCUGUCCCACUACAUACACGUCUGCGACGAGAUAAUGGCGAUACAGAAUGAAGGCGAUCAGUGGGGGCGGCUGGAGGCGCUUCGCCCCCGCCUGGCCGCCGCCUGUAGGGCGCUGCCCCCUCCACAACACAUGUCGCCGCGUGUGGCCGCGGCCCGAGCGCAGAUGGGGGGUCGCUUGCUGCGGCUGACGCUGUCCGCCAACCUGUCCGCCGACAAGCUGGCGUCGCUGGUGGCCGCCCUGAAGCUGCCCCCGGACUGCUCCGCCUGCGCCAGUCACAAGAUAACAACAGAACUCGCCGAACGCAGAUUAGAAGGGAAUUAUACGGCCCUGCUAGCACCUUAACUUACAAAAAUAGCUUGAAGAUAAAUUAAUGUUAAUUUUUUGAUAAUUAGGAAAUUUAAUAAAUGUAAAGUCCAACUAAAAGUUAUUGCUAGAGCGAAAAGCGGGUUCUUGAAUUGGCAACACUGCGAUCCUUGUGCGGUGUUGCAGUAUUAUGAUAUUGUUUUGUAUUCUGGUAAUAUUUUUGGUUGUUCUAAUAGUUUGUGAUCUGUUUUGUCUAUGUAAUUAAUUGUUUAAGUAUUAUGUAAUUGAAUUGUUAUUUUUUUAUGAAAAAAUAAUAAUAAUUGAGUAUUUCAAAUUAAAUCGUGCUUACUCACGUGUUGUAGAGAUAGGGUUUCAUCAAGUGAUCACGAAUGCUCACAGUACUAGCCUCUAAUCGAGCGUUCCCCUUAUUGUUUCCUAGUUAGACGAAGUUGAAAAUAAUUAAUUAUAUAAAUAAAUAAAAGUAGGUAAGAUCAUAUUAAGAUUUUCCAUUAAGGCUAAUUAUUAAACUUUAGUAAAAUUUUAACGAAAUAAUUCAAAAAAAAUAGUGAGUUUAAAAAUCAUUAAAUUUGUGUUUUCUCGGUAAUUAUUAUUGGCGUUAAGAUAAAGUUAGUUAGAUUUGUGUUAUGUAUUAUCGCCUCACCUACUACAUACAGUAAAUAUGAAUAAGUGUUUAGGGUAGGUUAUUGUUAAGUGAAUUCGCAUAGCAAUAGUUAACUGACAGGAGAUUGCAUCAAUUUUCUUUAUGAAAUUUAAGCCUUUGAGCGCGAACCGUCGAUCGAUCGACUCUCUGUUAAUGUGUAAAGUGCGGAGCGUCGGAAUAUCGACUAUUGCGUUUUUAAUAAGUUUGAAUAUCUGUUUCAAAUUUUCUUUGAAUCUAGCAUUGAUUUUUAAGUUAAAGUUUUUUAUAACUAUAGGCAGCGGCUUGGCUCGGCCCCUGGCAUUGCUGAAGUAUAUGGGCGACGGUAACCACUCACCAUCAGGUGGGCCGUAUGCGCGUCUGCCUAGAAGCGCAAUAGGAAAAAAAAGGCCAGAUGAUUAUCUUAAUAGUAUAUUUCGUGUCUGAACUAUUUCGCGUCUGAACUAUUUCGCGUCUGAACUAUUUCGCGGAAGAGCUGUAGUCGUGGAGUCUGAGAACUUUGAAUUAUACAAUUUUAUCUCUCGCCUUAAUAAUUCUCGUUGCAUUGUUUGAUUGAGGCGUUUGUAUGUACGACAACAUUUGAAUACUGCGCUUACAUUUACAAUGCAUUUUAACUUUUAAUCACUCGGGAAAAUUUUGAAACUUUUUUUUUAUAUAUAUAAAACACAGUAGUUGGAACUUUAGUCAUUUGUUACCAAGAAAACUGUAAUUUAUACGUCUAAAUCAAUAAGAUAAUAGCAAAACAAAUUAGAUUAGUUUUGUAAAAGUAGUAUUAAAUUAUAUUUUUUUUUAAGCUAUUGCAUUGCUUUUAUCUCGGGCUUUGAGUUAGGCGACCGAUUCAAGGAAUUUCGUAACGAAAAUAAAACCUAACACCCGACUCCGCCUACCAUGUAGCUCGCGUUCAA